ACUAUACUGGUACUUAUACCACUGAACUGAUACUAAUUAAGACUGUCCUCAAUAUACCAAUACUCAUACUUACUUGAUCAUGAAAUAUAAUUCUGGCACAAGCAACACAAUAAACAUUUAAAUCAGUCAACAAAUAGGAACUUUCCAUUAGUAGCCAAAAGUUGUGUUCCAAAAUGGGUUGCAAAAUCAGGGAAAUGCCAACAAUAAUGCCAAAAGCAAUUAAUUAUUCUUCGAAUGUGAAUAAACAUAAAGACUUCACAAUUUUUUUAAGCCUAAACAUGACACAUAUUUACUAGUACCACUCCACUAGUAUCACUCCACUGGUACACGUACCACUCCACUGGUACAUGUACCAGUCCAUUGGUGCGUUUCCUCUGCCGCCUAGUGGUACCACCCUCACCUUCAGAUUCUGUCGCCGCUUUCACCACUGUUCACCACUGUUCAAGCUCUCCACUUUCACCACUGUUCAAACUCUCCACUUUCACUCCACUGGUACACGUACCACUCCACUGGUACACGUACCACUCCACUAGUAUCACUCCACUGGUACACGUACCACUCCACUGGUACAUGUACCAGUCCAUUGGUGCGUUUCCUCUGCCGCCUAGUGGUACCACCCUCACCUUCAGAUUCUGUCGCCGCCACUUAGGGUUGAUCGAAUCUCUACCGUGGAAGGACGGUGGUCAACUGGAAAAGAUCAAGCGCAGGCCGUGGAUAAGAGGAAGUCGUUGGACGGUGAUGUUUGGGAUGGAAGACGGAGGACGGCAGACGGCCGACGACAUGGAUGGUUGGACUUGUUGUAAGGGCGGCGGGGAUAUCCCCUGCGUGUCUUCCUCCUCCGACGAGCAACCCACCUGGCGGGUCGGAGGCGAUCCCACUGCGACGCUGCCCGAUGUUUCCGAUCGCCGUCGAGUUUUCCAGAGUAGAGAGUUGGAUUGCUAUUUGGAGAAAAUACGGGGAAUAUUGGACUUGGAAGAGCAAUCGACGCUUUCCCAUCCAACAAGAUUGCUCCUUCCCAAUUAGUUUUUAAUUAUUAUUGAGAACUUUCCCAAAUUACAAGAUUAUGAAAAAAAUACAAAAAACAACUGUAAUUAAUAAUUGUCAAAUGAUUGAGAAAAAAACUGACCAAUUAGAAAGGGGGUGUCAAAAAUUAGACCCCUUUGGGGGUAGUCAUGCUAACCGAUUCCCUCAUACGCUGACACCUAUCCAAACUUCUCUAAAUAAAUACACUUACUAUUUUUGCAAAGUUUGCCAUUUGGUCCACUUUGUCAACCGCAUGUCAUCUCCCUCAAUUUCUGCCACCUCCUUUGCCACGUUCCACUGCUCCAUCUCCAACCUCCUCCUCACGAAUGAUAUCGAAAAUCGUUGGGGGUUCACCAAAGAAAAGUCACCGCACUUCUCAAUCACUUGAUAAAACAGUAAAAAUCCAUGAAAAUCGGGGUCGAAUCUGAAUCUGGAACAUAUUCAGAGAAGCAACAAUGCAUUACAGGCUGUAACAAUAUAAAGAAGCAGCAAUAUGAAGUAUCUAAAUUGAGAUUUUGGAGAAAAUUUUUAGGGGAAAGCAAUUGAAAGAUAAUUGUCAACUAAAGUUACCUGCAAAACUGGGAGUAAUGACCCUCUAACCCUGUUUUGAGGACUACGAUUCAGUCAACAACAUUUAGAUUUUUGACCUUCUUCGUUGAACAAGAGAUAGAGGCCAAGAUUUAGGGAAGUUGAGAAGGGGGUCGAGAUCGUUGAACAGUCAGGAUGGCAUGCAUGGUGGUACGUUAUAGGAAAGAUUAUGGGAGGAGGCGCCGAUGUUUCAGUUCGGGUAGAGAAUCGACUGCAGUUGUAUUUUCUAUUGGUUCAGCUACGUACAGAGAAGGCGCAGCGGGAUCAUGAGGGAAAGACAGAGAUAUAGAUAUAAGCAUAUACGGCGAGGCAAAUUCUUUUGUUUUGGCAUGAUCCCAGCCAGGUGAAACGACAUAGAGAGAGACGGAAACUGAAAUCAAGAGAAGAGACUAUCGUCGGUGGGAAUGCAUUUUAGAUGAUCAAAACAGAGGGAAGAAUAGAGUAAGCGAGGUGCUGCGGUAACUUUUUGAGGGAGAGAGAUAGAGAGCGAACAGAGACGACAUGUAGAAAAGCAUAUUGUGAGAUGGAAGAUGAGAUUGCGGCAAACACUUUUUCUCAAUUCUAGGGUUGAUGCGCCAAAUUUUUACAGUGACCACUGAAUUUGGUGGGCUGGCCUAAGUCCUAAAACUACUAAUUCAUAUUGGGCUUCAACAAAUGAAACAAGUCUGCUGCGGAGCGCGACUCCACUUGCUUGUUAAGAUAAAAGGUCGCAUAUUAAGUUUCAAAGAGAAGAAUUUGUGAAAAUAGAAAUAAAAUUCAGAAAUUAUAAAGUAUUAUAUACAACUCAAUGCAAUUUUAUCUAGGGCUGGAAAACGGUGUUUAUGGUCCAGACCAAGUGCCUGAAGUAUAGACCACAGACCAAACCACAGACUAUACGGUCCGGUCCAGACCACGCCUGUGCGGUUGGUUCGGUCUGGUCUGGUCUAGAUAGACCACACUCAACGAAAAAUGAGCAAUUUGUUUCGUCAACCACACAAAAAAUUGAACCAAUAACCAAGAAAAAUAAUUGUUAUUUGCCUUAAAACAUUAAUCCUAACAUUCAUGAAUAAUUUUGGUACCCUAAUUCUUAGUACAUAACAAAGAUUUAAAGUAAAA